CACCUGAUGUCCUGAUCACCAACAACACAGUCGCCAUGCCGAGUACUUAACUUGUUGCACCCUACCGUUUUCCACAGUCCUUGUUUCGCUAAUAGCACGUGCCGGCAAAAUGGUGUUUUCUGGUAAAAUCCUUCUGCUGCUGUGCAGCUUAGCGUUGGCACUGACCGUUACUUGGUCAAAAUCUCCCGAACGCCGGCACCACCACCACCGCCACCAUCAUCACCGUCAUCAUCAUCACCACCAUCAUCAUCAUCGCGGAGUUGCCGAUGCGCAGCCCGUACUCCUGGAGGUGUUCUACGAAACUCUGUGCCCCAACAGUAUCGCGUUUAUUAAGAACCAGCUGUACCCGACCGUGCAGCAGAUCAUCAGUAUUAUGAACGUAUCCAUGGUUCCUUAUGGAAAGGCCACGCAAACCAAAGAUGGAGAUAACUGGGAUUUUACGUGCCAACAUGGACCUCGAGAAUGCGUCGGGAACAUUGUCGAGUCGUGUGCGUUGAAGUACAUCCCCCAAAACGUAGUGGACCCGGCGACAAAUAUUCCCCGCGUGCUAACGCUGAUUAAUUGCAUGGAAACGGCGACGGAUCCGUCUUCCGCGGGGCCUGAUUGUGCCAAACAACAAGGCAUCGACUUCGCCCCCAUCGACACCUGCUCCAACAACUCCGAAGGCAACCAGCUGGAGCACGUGAUGGGCGUGCGCACCGAAUCUCUGGAUCCGAAACUGACCGCUGUGCCGUGGAUGGUCGUCAACGGGAAGCACAAUCAGUAUAUCCAGUCGCGGGCGCUGUAUGACCUUUUAGGCCUCAUCUGCGAUACAUAUACGGGAACCAAACCGGACGCGUGCAGCGAAUAAGUUUGCUUAAUACUAACAGCAACCGGUAUUUGAUAUCACUUGAGAUUGUCCUGCCUCCAGGACAGCUGGUCUUGUUAUUGUGCACAUGCGAGAGAUUUCGCAGAUUUUUAUUUCAUUAUUCUGUUAUUUUACGUACAGAUUUGCAUGAGAUGCAAACGAGUUUUUGUUUGUUAAUGGUCUUCUUGUAACGUGACAAUUGUUGCUUAAUUGUGUUGCAACAUUCGAAAAAAGCUGGAUAUCCAAUAAAGCGCGAUAAUUAUG